AUGUCUGCGGCUGCGGACGCGGCGGUGGCCAUGAGCAACAUGCAGAAUGCAGAGCUGGGCGAGGUGAUUGACCUGGCGCAUGCGGUGGAGAGGGCAUGGAAGUCGGUGGCGGGCGAGUUGGACAGGGCGCGGACAACGGUGCUGGAGGCGGAGGCCGCCACGGCGUCGGCGCAGACUAUGGCGGCGAGUGCGGCGCUGGCGCAGGGGAGUACGGCGGCGGCAGCGGGGGCCAUGGCACAUGCUUCAGUCGACGGCCUCGUUCGCUCGUCUGAGGCUGCGGCGCACUCGGCCGCGGCGCAGGUGGCCCAGCUCGCGGCAGAGCUGCGCGCUGUUCGCGCCCAGGCGCAGGUACUGAGGCAGGAGAAGGCCGCUGCUGAGGCGCGUGCUGCUGCCGCAGAAGCCACUGUUGCCGCCAAAGACGCAGAGAUUGAUGAGCUUACUCGCAGACUCGGCGCUGUGCUGGGCACGAGCUCGUCGCCAUCGCGCCCGCAGGCCGUGACACAGGCACCCAAGGCGGCGCGCUGGCGCGCCUCGUCAGACGACGCCGCGCUCGCUGCCAUGCUCGCCCAGGCCGAGGUCGAGUCGCGCGAGCGCGAGGCGGCGCGCGCUCGCAUUGCUGCUGCCCGCCGGCAGGUCGACUACCUGCCGCCGGCGAUCAUCCGUGGCGAGCCAAGCCGCGGGCCGGGUGAGGCCGGGAGCUCGUCGGUGGCGGCGGCGCUCUCGGAGCUCAACGCGUUCCGCGCAUUUCUCGAUGGGUGA